GCUACCAUGGAGGUCUCGCAGUAUUUGCGUGGUUCCUCUAAGAGGCUCAGUUUGGAAGUUUUUGUAGUGUUCGGCUUCCCAUAAUUACAGUCUUAAAAUAUUAACACAUCUGGUAACUUGCAAUUUUUAAUUAUAGCUUUAUUUGUGGAUUUAGAAAUGUGGAUUAGGUCUAAAAUAAUGCAUUAGAGGCAACAGCAGGCUGUUUUACGCAGCUAUGGCGACUGCAUAUUAUCAAAAUAAACAUUAUCAUGGGCAUUCACAGUACUAUAAAAGUGCUGUUAAAUUUUUCAGUAAAGGCAAAGAUUUAUGCGAAACAUUAAACUGUCACUAAAAUUCUAAUACUAAACGACUGAUUUGGAAUAUAAAUAUUUGAAUGCACGGGAGAGGCGGGCCUUCGCGUCUGCUCGAUGUUUCUGCACUCUGUAUGUUGGACCUGAUUUAUAAAUAAUUUAUGUGCUAUUUGGAACUUGUCAGAGGCUCGUUUUACACUGGGACAUUUCAUCAGCCAUCGUGGAGGGGGAAACGCAAGCCAUGGGCAUGUGGUCCAUGGGGUUUGGGGCUGCGAUUGCAGCCAUUUUAGGCAUAAUUCUUGGCAAUACUGAUUUCUUGCUGACCAAGCCUGAGCAUGCGACUCUGGAGCAGUUGCAGGAUGCUGACCUCAGAACCACUAAAGGAGAUGAGAAGACAUUUAAAGCUAGAACUCUGUGGGAGAAGUCUGGAGCAGUGAUCAUGGCUGUACGGCGGCCUGGAUGAUUUUGGUGCAGAGAGGAGGCUUCUGAGCUGUCCUCUCUCAAGCCCCAGCUGGAUGAGCUCGGGGUCCCACUGUAUGCUGUUGCCAAAGAGAACAUUGGUACAGAGAUUGAGGAUUUCAGACCCCACUUUUCUGGGGAUGUCUUCCUGGAUGAGAAGCUGGCAUUCUAUGGGCCACGCCAGAGGAAAAUGGGUUUCCUUGGCUUUAUUCGUCUGGGAGUUUGGCAGAACUUCAUGAGAGCCUGGAAGUCAGGUUUCCAGGGAAACGUGAAUGGAGAGGGCUUCAUCCUCGGUGGAGUAUUUGUCAUUGGAUCUGGCAAACAGGGAAUUAUUCUUGAGCAUCGGGAGAAGGAAUUUGGAGACAAAGUCAACCCUGUCUCUGUUUUGGAAGCAGCUAAAAAAAUUGUGGUGGAUAAAUAGAUUUUUGUAUGCCUUCACAUUGCACCUCAUUUAGUUUACUAAUGCUGUGAAUAUAAAAGAAUGCUCAAGUUGUCCUGAAAUCUUGAUGCUGAGGAAUAAUCUUAAUGUUGGGUAUUCAAGUAUAACAUCACUGUUUACUGCAGUGGUAUUUUUGCACUUCAGAAAUUGUUGCAUUAUACUGUGCUGUUCUUCAUUCUGUCAGGAAUUAUUGACUGUCUGCUCCUGGGCUGGUGGUUUGGCUUGUGUGUGUUUUUAAUGACAAUCUAACUCAAAACUCCCCAGUGAGAGAGCAGAUUUGAUGCUUUUACACACGCUUUCCUGCUCAACAGGUUUUGGUUAGUGGACGGCCCAAGGUCCAGAAGCAGAUGGGGUUUACCAUGUACCAUAAAAAGCAAGUUACUGAAAUCUGA